AAAGCGCCCGUUAUCUCAAAUAUUUCCAUGUAAUCGAUUUCUAAACACCCAAACAAAAUGGCGCUGUUUAGCGCAUCGUUCCUUGUAGGACUGACAAUUAUUCAUUGUACAUCGAGUUUGCACUGGUAUCAAACAUUGACACCCCUGGGAUUAAAUCAUUGCCCAGAAACUGGGGGAGAGGGAAACUUCUGCUACGAUCUGAUCCAAUCAAGUAACAACUGCUCUUACAUCUGCGAAUACGCCAGACCUCUGGAAUUUUUCUUACGAGAUAUUUAUAAUCUAUGCGAACAUCCCGAGUGGCCAUCCUCUAAGAAUAUUCGAUGUCAUUACUACCAAUGCCAGAGAAAGUGCUGUAGUGGAUGGGCGCUGGAUGACUAUGGAAGAUGCACUGUUGAAAGUAAAGGAAUCGAGUGUCUCAACGGCGGAACACCAUUUGGUGAUAAUUGUAUAUGUCCAAAGCAUUUCGUGGGCAAACAAUGUGAAACAGCUGUCUGUGGAGGAGAAUGUCUUAAUGGCGGUGAAUGUAGGAAAGUUGAUCCCCUGUCGCCUCCGAAGUGUAUCUGUUCAGCCAAUUUCACGGGUCACCUGUGCGAGAAACCUGUCUGUGGUGAUGGUUGCCAAAAUGGCGGUUCCUGUAUUUCGCAAUAUUAUGGAGUAGCUUGUAAAUGUCAACAUGGCUUCCUUGGUCCUUGGUGUGAAAAGAGGCGUUGUGAUAAAUGCCAUUUCAUCCACGGAAAUUAUGACACUUCUUGCUCGCAUACCUGCAAGAGCGACGAUGACUGCCAGAGAGAAGAAACUUGCUGUGAACAUGAAGGCAGAAACAUCUGUGUAGUCAAAAGAGAGAAAGCCCACCAAAAAUGUAUUUAUGGCAGAAAAGCAGUUUACGUCGGUGAAAGUAUAACAAACAUAUCUGGUAAAAAGUGUCUCUGCAUGCCGGGAUAUAUUUAUGGCAGUCUUAACUGCGAUGAAGACGUUUGUGAGGAAGAUGAUGAAGAAGAGAACACGUGCAUUCACCAUGGAGAUGGGAUAAUGCACGACAAUGACAAGGUUGAAGAGGAAAUUUCUGAUGAUAUCCUGUAUGAGCUUCCCAGAAUUUACAAUUGUCCAUCCACAUAUUCAAGAGUGAUGGUAGAGGUCCAGGAGGAUUCCAAUGUAGCUCUUAUGUACCACCAAUUCAAGGCAAUAAAUUACCUUGGAAGAGAGCUUCAGGUGUAUGUUAGCCAGCAGAAGUUCUAUGCCUGCAACUGUUCGUAUGGUCAACGUGUUAGGGCCAACGCUACUGCUGUUGAUCAACAUGGUGGCAAAACAAUUUGUUGUUUCACUGUACAGAUUGUGGAUCGUUAUCCUCCCAAACUAUCUCACUGCCCCGUGGAUAUAUAUGCCAUAGCAGGGGAAAGGAUAUCCUGGACGAUUCCAAAGGCCACGGACAACGUGGGUAUCAGGGACCUAUGGAUAGAACCUAGAGUUCAUAAUGGAUCUCGUAUUGAAACUGGUGAUCACAUGUUUCGCUAUGUUGCGGAAGACUGGCAUGGCAACAGAGCAGAAUGCAGGUUCCUCGUCAGUAUAAAGAGCGCGGACUCCUCAGAAAACGGAUGGUCAUCUGAACUGAGGUCCCGGGUAACAACAAACACUCCUGUCAUAAUAGGAGCAAGUGUUGUGGGAAUCAUGGCGAUAGCACUUCUGGUCAUACUCGUAGUGGUUUUCCGCCUCUGUAGAAGAGCCAGGAUUUUAAGGAAUCGCCCAUCAAGAACUCAUGGAACAGUACUCUCCACCACACAAUCACAGCAGUUAGACGCUUGCUUAUCCGAACCUCCGCCAUAUGAGGUCGCUGCAAUCGAUAAACUUCCAGACUACAAACCACGUGAUGACCCACCCAUAUAUGAAGAUAUCUGUAAUGUAAAGAAAAACAGUGAAGAAAUCGGAGGAUGCACUAAUCCAAUCUAUACAAUAUCAGGAUCAAGCGAUAAUAUCCAUGGAGUUCCGGUGAACACGAACACAAUUGUCACUGAUGUUUAACGCUCUCAGUGAACUGAGUUGUUUUCCUUUCUUUUGUAGCAUAAUAUGUAACCUAAUUUUAUGAAUUGAAAUGAUUAAGAUACUUUUUUAUUUCUUGAACAGCUUUUAUUCUUGCAUUUUCAUUUUGUGCCAUUGGACUUUUAAACAUGUCGAAUUUGAUGAUUUAAACCGUGAAUAGUUUCUGUAUACGUUAACCAAGACAUAUUUGUACAUGGUAACACAAAUUUAACUACACAUGCAUUCAUGAUAUUGUAUUUAAAUCAAAAUAGUAAUUUAUAUCUUAAUGAUUUUAGUGCUUAAAAUCUUAUUCCUUUUGUUAAAUUUAUUCUUUGUUGAUUUUGUGAAAGAUUAAAUGAAA